UAUUGUGGUGAGCAGCAUCUGAUUACACAGAAACGCCAGCAGGCACCGGAGGGGGGGAAGACACGUCCGUACACCUACCAGCACAGACGGCGUUUGGUUCCUGCCAGGGAAUGCAAACGCGCUCUUUUUCCUUUUUAAUUAGCGUUAUCAUUAUUUUUUUUCCCCCUUUCUCUCAGCGUGCAGGCUAGAACUUUACUUUUCUUUUUCUUUUUUUUUUCUUUUUUAAACCGAGCCGAGCAGGAACCAAGCCCGCGUUAUUAUGGGAGUUUGUUGAAACAGUGCUGUGGCUGGAGGAGUGUAAAUGGCUGAGAGAGCUCGACGGACGACUUGGGAGACAACUUGCAAGAUGUCGCACUUUGUGGAAGCCUAAAAAAGGAGUAUUUGUUUUUGUUUUUUACUCUUAGCGUGACAGGAGGUGGUGAAAGAUUAGGGGAGAGGCUGCAGCUCAAGGAGGAUCUGGUGUUGGUUUGUUCCUCCGGCUCGGAGAGAAAUAGGUAAGGCUCCUCACCUGCCUGCUGUCUGCACAUGUUCACACCCUGAACACUGAGAACACUUUGCGAUGGGAAAACUGCCCAAUGCAAGCAACUGGAAAGAAGUGCUGCUGUUUUAUUGUCUGCUUUUUGUCUUCCCAAAAUGUUUCCAGGUGUAUUUCAUAGACUAGUUUUAGUUAUUAUUAAUCUACCUCUAAGUAUAAUCAGAAAUACACCGUCUGUAAUGAAUAUGUAAACAUCCAUGCAGUGACUAUUAAACUUGCCAUUUUUCGUAUUCCCAACCAAAAUGUGUAAGCUUAUGCUUUAAAGGGGCACCAGGUGAUUUUUGACCAGCAGGGGGCAGAAAAAUCCCCAAACUCUCUACUUUACUUACGCAGCACCUCACCUGCUAAGACCAUGUAGUAAUUUAAAUAGAUUUUUAACUUUGUGCUAUUAUAAUUCUGCCCUUUUGCUGCCCGUUGUUGUUGCUCAUAUUAAUUAGUACCUGUAAGUGAGCCCAAAAAAAACAUGAAUAACACACAUGACCCUUGCAAGGCACAGCUUUAGCAAAGUGUUAUAACAGAAAUGCAGACAAUGGCAGGUGUAGUUAUGCAGUCUUUUUCCCCUUUCAGUUUGUCCAUUGUUAAAGUGGUUUACAACUGUGCCAGUAGUGCGCUCCUCCAGUUAUACUAGGGACAAACCACAGGACUGAAGCAACAGAAUUUUAGCAAUGAAACAGUUAAAUAUAUAUGUUUAAUGUUUUACAUGAGGAAAAAAAUAUGCAUACAGUGGCUCAAGUCAACUUAGCAUGGAGAAUUUGAGUUUGGGAAACAGUUACAUGGUUGUCAGAUUUACUGUUCCAAAAACUUUGAUUUGCAUCUGUAAACAUAACCUGCACUAAAAGAGUGCAGGAAUCGGGUUACUAGUGCUUAUCAUAUGUAUAAGAACCUGAUUUCCCAAAAUACUUAAGUCCAUGCGAGUAAAAGAAGAUGAUUUAGGCAUUUUAAAAUGUGUCAGUGAUCUGCCAGCAUGAGAAUUAAGAUUUGAAGUAAGGUGUGGAGAAAGGAGCAACAAAAUCAUAAUCAAUUUUGUUGCUUUACCUUCAUGACUUUAAUGAAGUGUUGUUUCUGAGCCUCUGAAGAAAGUUUGAAGGCUAUAGGAACCUCCCCCACCUUCAAGCUCUCUCCUGCCAAACAAGUUGAAUUUCUUGGAAACAUGAGAUAUGUCAACAAAGACUGUUCACUCCCUCCCAGUCUGUCAGAUCACUUGUUCUUACAUACUCCUUGAAAAGAUGACCUCCCCCCCCCCAAAAAAAGUCAAAAAGCAAAGAGUGCAGGUCAGUUUGUUGACAGUAGAAAUAUUUCCGUGUGGCUCUAUCGUGCAGACCAGGAGGAUGAAUCACUUAUCAAGAAAGUUGCAUGAACCUGUUAGCUGAUAGAUGAUUUAUUUUAUCAUUUCAGCUCUGUUUUCACAAACCCUGUUGUAGCUGCAUUCAUUCAUGCUUGGGUUGAAUUUUCUAGAAAGCGUGCUUCCAUGCAGUCAAAUGUGAACAGCAGGGGAAACAGGUUAAUCUUCGGUCGUGUUGCCUGCAGCAUGCAACAGAUUAUGCUUAGACUCCCAGGGCCUACAUCCCGUUUGCAGGCUUUAUGUUUCCGUGCUGAGCUGGAGGGAGCUGCCACGGAGGCUAUUUUAGACCAGGAUGGCCUCCGUGAUGUGGUUCUGGUCUGGUUAGAAGUGAGCUGGGAGAACAGCUGUAUGUGUGGGAACAAGGCUGAGUUGUCCUUUUCUUUGACUCAGUCUCUGGAACGCCAUACUCUCUGUGAUCUGCUUUCGUUUUUUCUGCUCUCACCUCUCACUGCCAGAGAAGCGUCACAUGGUUUGCUGUCAGUUAGACACGGAGCCUCGGGCUGCAGGCAGCAGCUGUCAGACGGUACAGGACUGCCGUCAGUGAGCGGGAAAGCGAAAUGUGGCCAAAAUGCAUGAUUGCAUUUUGGCCACAAAUUGCUGACAGUGAUGUUUGUUCUUAAAAAUGGCUCUUUUCAUAGUAAAGGUUGCUGACCCCUCCCCGAGAUGGAGAAACCCCUAUGCUUUCAUCAAACUGUGUGGCUAUUUGUUUCUAUUUACAGGAUGUUUUGGUUUGGAUGAACACUGUUAAAUAACAGUACUGGCAGCUAGAUUUGACAACAUACUGUUAUUUUACAGUGUAUCUACUGUGAUCUAGCAGGUACUUCUUAAUAGAGUAGGCAAUUCUUACAAAAGUGAAAAUUAAAAUUAUUAAAAUACAGUGCUGCGUAGGAUACAUGCACUUUUUGGGUGUUCUUGCUAUAAUCUUUGUAAUCAGUGCAUAACUUUAAAACCUAUUAAAGUGAGAACUGUAUCCUCUCAGUUGGCAUUUUCUGUUUUCUGUAGGUUUUCAUGUCUUUCUUGAACCAUAAUACAAAAACAAGGUUCCUCACUGUUAAUAUUUUUCAUCAAAAUUACCAACAUUUACAGCUGAACUCACCUGAACUCACAAGGAAUAUUACAGUUGUACAGAUAAUUGUGUAUGCGCAUGAUUCCCGUAAAUCUGGAAAGUUAGGUUAAUGGAUAGAACCACAACAGACACAUUGAUGGGGCAAGAUUAUCGAUUAAAGAUAAGAAAUGACGAUUUCCCGGUUUCAUCACAGUAUUGACCCAAUUGAUAUUCUAAUGAUGGAUUUGAUUCAUUUUUAGUCUAGUUGGCAGUGAGGAUCUUAGAUUUUUUUUCCACCUCUUCAGUCUGAUUUGUGCUAUUGUAUUCUGAGUAAUUACUGAAGUUAUUCAAAUAUUAUAUCUGGAGAGAUUUAGUGGAUUUAGAUUUAUCUGCUGAUUAUUAAAAGAACAGAGCGGUUUAGAGAGUAACUGCAUGUCAGUCGCUGCAACCAUCUGUCGAUGUGAUAACCAACUUAUUGUAUCACAAAUGUCACAACAACUGAGAUUAAAUGUCCUGAGUUACUAAACAAAACAGAGCUAGUCCUGCUUGUUUGGAUAAUUAGACUUCUUUGCUUUCUGAUUGCUUGCUGCUGUCGAAAAAUCUUCUACAAAAGAGCCUUGUGUUAGGCUGGUAUGUUUUUUUUCUCCUUAAAAUAGUAAUUAAUGUUACCAACUAACCACAGGGUUAUAAAUUUUGUUUUUAUUUUUUUAAAGGCUUUCAAGUCUCUAUAAGGUGGAAAAACCUUUUUUUAAAAGUUGAAAUUUACAGUGUAUGUCUGAACAAAGCAAAAUCGCUGGUGUGGUCUUUUAACAACUUGCCACUCUGCUGCUAACUUGGUACUCUGGCAGAGGUAUGAGUUAACUGCUCUGGCCUCCCCUUACAGGGGCUGCUGCUCUCUACCUGCUUCAUUAACCCUCAACUACACACUCUAUGUGUGGUAUUUCACUGUGACUCCCAGAAUGUGCUACCCUCCAGCCAGCACCGGGCCGAUAUAACAGGCAGCUUGCCUAGCUAACUAACUGCUUGCUGCUUUGCUAACAAACCCCUCUCUCUUUGUCUCUGUGUGUGUUCUCCCUUUGCUGUUGCUUCUGCCCCAGUGGGAUCUUCCUGCCCCUCUGUGUUUCUCAGACCUGCGGAGACGGAGGCCGUCUUCUGUUUGGACAUCUGUCCAUCUCUUUUUUUUCGUCUCUCAUAAGUUUCUUCUGUAGCCGCCAUCAUUCUGUGCUGUGGGGCCGACCCCAAGAUGUCUUCUAAUGGAGACCUAAGUGAGCUGGGGAGCUCUGAGAGCUUCUGGGAGCCGGGGAACUACAAAAGGACGGUAAAGCGGAUUGACGAUGGCCACAGGCUGUGCAAUGAGCUAGUCACCUGCUUCCAGGAGAGAGCCAAGAUAGAAAAGCACUACGCUCUUCAGCUGAGUGACUGGGCCAAAAGGUGGAGGGUUGUUGUGGAGAAAGGGCCCCAGUAUGGUACACUGGAGAAGGCUUGGCAUGCCUUCAUGCAAGCGGCUGACCGACUCAGCGAGCUGCACAUGGAGCUGCGGGAGCAGCUGGCGGGUGAGGACAGCGAGAAAGUACGCAGCUGGCAAAAAGAGGCCUUCCACAAGCAAAUGAUGGGAGGUUUCAGAGAGACGAAGGACGCGGAUGAUGGCUUCCGCAAAGCUCAGAAGCCCUGGGUCCGUAAGCUGAAGGAGGUGGAGUCAACUAAGAAGAGUUACCAUCAGGCCAGGAAAGAGGAGUGGACGGCGGCUAACAGGGAGGCGCACGCCAAGGCUGACCCGACCAAGUCACAAGAGGAAGUUCGCAAAUACACAACCCGGGUGGAGCGCUGCAACCAGGACACCGAGAAAGUAAAGGAGCGCUACUCCAAGGCCUUGGAGGAGCUGAACCGCUGUAACCCCCGCUACAUGGAGGACAUGGAGCAGGUGUUCGACUUAACUCAGGAGGCUGAGCGCAAGAGGCUGUGUUUCUUUAAAGAUGUCCUGCUCGACAUCCAUACACACCUUGACCUAUCCUCCAAAGACAGCUUCAAAGCCUUGUACCAGGACCUGGGCCAGACCAUUCGUGCAGCCAACGAAACUGAAGACCUCAGAUGGUGGAGGAACACCCACGGACCGGGCAUGAGCAUGAACUGGCCCCAGUUUGAGGAGUGGUCUCCAGAGGCAAGUCGCUCCAUCAGCAAGAGGAUGCACAGUGGAAACUCUGAGGAGAACGUGGUGACCCUCACCAACAUCGUCUCCUCUGCUGGAGAUGAUGUCCCACCGAGUCCCAUUACCCUGGACACCAGCAGGGUGAAAGAUUAUUCAUCAGACUGGUCAGAUGAUGAAAGUCCAAAGAAGGUGGCGGUAAAUGGCGUCGGGGAGGAGGAAGAAGAGCAGGUAGAGGGAGUGCGAGUCAAAGCACUCUAUGAUUACACGGGCCAGGAAGCCGAUGAGCUCAGCUUUAAAGCAGGGGAGGAGCUACUGAAGCUGGGAGAAGAGGACGAGCAGGGUUGGUGUAAAGGACAGCUGAGCAAUGGCCAGAUUGGCCUCUACCCUGCCAACUACGUGCAUGUCAUUGCAUCCUGAUGGCCCCCCCUCUAUGGCCACCCAAUAGCAACGCUGCAAUCAAGAUACCAGGACUAAUUAAAAGGUGUUAGUGCUGAACAGUAGACCCACCUUUUUUGAAAACAGCCUGGGUUGUUUUGUUUUUUUUGUUGCUGACUGUAAAAAAAAAAAAAAUGUAAGCAUGUUUUUGUAAAUUCAACCAGUGCAAAAGUUUCCUUAUUCGUGAUGGAUUGUUCAAUCAACAAGACGUCAGCGGCACAGUCGAUUGGUAGAAGCUUUAGCUUCAGGCAGGGAAGCAUCCAGAGGCUUGCCAAACAAACUGUAAACAUGCACGUUUGUUCUGUCAUAUCUUUGUUUUCUAAGAGGAUGUUUUAUUGGACAACACACGUUUAGUCCAAAAAGAAUAAGAAUGGGUGGAGAUGAGGUGAGCAGCAGCCAUUACAGCUGGCUCACUCACAAGAUUUCAGUGUAGGUUUUGAGUUUUCUUGGAUCCAGCAUCCAGGGGCCAUUACCAGGAACUCCACAGCUUUCUCUGCUCAGCUGUGGUGACUGCUGCUGUUUCAAAUGAUAAAACCCAGUUAAACACUGACUGUGCCUUAGUCGAUAAGGUCUGAAAUGUACAGCGCCACCCUACUGUCUGACUGAAUUGCACCCUGGAUAUGUGCAGCACCGCGCUACUCUGAUCGCGGAAUUACAGCCUGCAAAUGCGUGACGCUGCCCGGCUUUCUGAGUGAGAGAUUACAGCUGUCUGCUGUAUAAUGGGCUCAUGGCCUCCUUCUAAACACGGAAAAAACCUUUAAAACUUCGGGUGCAUUACAGUAAAUUUAAUUAUGCAGGCAGCACUUGAUUGGCUUUCAUUUAGCUUGAUAUUUGUGGGCUUUGGUUACUUUUUAGACACUUUUUUUUUAAUGUGACAGCUGGGGGUUUUUUUGUUUUUUGUUUGUUUUUUUCAUAUUAAGUCACGCGAGUUUGCAGCUAAACAGUUGCUCCCCCCCAAUUAAUCAUUAGACAGAUCAAAGCAGUAAUGUCGACUGUUACCUCUGGGUCUUUUUAAUCUAUACAUGUUUUUUUGUUGCUAGUCUGAUUUGCUAUGCUGGGAUCACAAUGCAAAAUCAUCUCAGACACAUAAAAACAAAAAAGUAAUAAGUUAAUUUUUUUUUUUUUUUUUUUUUAUUAUGUCAGGUUUGGGGGUUUUUCAUGUUUAAAUUUGUGUCUUACAUACAAGGAAGUCUUUUCUUUCCCUGUUAAUCUUAUCCCUGCUACAGCUAACCCACAUAGAUGCUAAAAUAGAAGAUAUUAGAUCUACUACAAUGGUCUGUGGAUUCUUUCUUUUUCUUUCCAUAAUUGUAACAUAUACAUAUACAGUACUUACAGGGAGAAGCAACAAUAAAAAGCUUUCUACAGCUGAA